GCACUUUUGGCUAAGAUAUCCGCUGAUCGGCAGAAUGGAGGGCCAUCGCUGGCUUUUUAUGUGGUGCUGCUGUGCUCUAAUGCACACUGUCGUUGGAUUUCGCUUUCAAUUUCAACGGAUGCUAAGCAUAGAUACAGGUGGCGUGACUGGACAUUCCAUACCUUUAUGCAGCGAACACAUCCCCGAGUCUGCGACCGCUGCCACAGUGUGCUGGUCUUCGUGCUCGGAAACACCAUCUAAAGCAACUUGUAAUGGCCAGGCUGAAACAUGGCAGUACCUUUUGAGUGUUCCUUCGAUGCCAUUCAAGGCGGCAUCCCCUGGUUACGAAAGGUGUGCCCUGAGCGAACGGAGAUUCCUGUGUAGCUUGUCAAAAACUACAAACCCUGAAUGCACUGAGAAUGGUGCAGCGAGCAUGAGAUCUGGAGAAGUGUGCUAUACAGCAUGUGGCGUUCCCAGUUGCCCUGUCGGAGAUUUCGACGAACUGGUGCCCCGGGAAGACUUCAAGUAUAUGGGAUGUGAGGGCGGAGCCCAUAGAACGCGGUGCAGGAAACGCAUCCAAAUAGAGAGCCUUACCGAAAACCCUCUUGUCAAGCCGCAAAGCCUACCAGUUGAAUAGACCCAAACAAUAACAUACAAGUGAAAAAACAAAUUUGCUGUGCCCAUCUGCUCGCCAACAGAACAACGACGCAGACUUGCGAAAUAAUCGACAAAUGCAGAACCCCUCGAAACUCCCAAUACAGUUGUAGCUGCGUAAGCCCCUUGACCGCGGAGAGUGGUGGUUACCUAGUCAAGCAGCCACAGGAUCAUCGUGUCUG